CGUAUCUAAUUAAUCGUUUUCCCUUCUGCCUUCUUCUUUGUCGUGGCGAUUACUGUGUAGCUCCAAUGGUGGAAGCGCAAUGGCGGGAUCUUCUCCUUCCUCUCGUUCUUCUAUCUUCUCCUACACUCUGACUACUUCUCUAUUCAUCCUUCUCUUCCUCUGCAGCGUCUUCCUCUUCACCAGACGCUCUCUCGAACCCUACCUCCCUUCCGAUCCACGCGCUCCCACUCUCCUCCGCUCCGAAAAUCCCUCCGAUGAGCCUCCGGAUGGAGGGGAUGGCGUCUCCCUCGCAAGUGAGCCAAGCUCCAGAAGAGAUUCGCGCGCCGGCGAUGACGUCGGCGUGAAACCAGAGACGGAGGAGGGAGGUGAUUCGAACGGCGAUGGCUCCGCCGUGGAAGCCGAAUCAGGCGACGGAGGAGAUUCGCGCGCGACGGAUGACUUCGCCGUGAAACCGGAGACGGAGGGAGGAGAAUCUCGCGGCGGCGAAGUCUCGGUCGAGGGUAAGGAGGAAAGCGAUGCCAAAUCUGUGGAUAUGGAGGUGGUGGAGAAGAUGAGAGGGUGCGAUCUGUACAAGGGAACGUGGGUGAAGGACGAUCAGUAUCCGUUGUAUCAACCUGGAUCGUGUCCGUAUGUCGACGAAGCUUUCGAUUGCCAGAGGAACGGGAGGCGAGAUUCAGACUAUCUCCAAUGGCGAUGGAAACCCGACGAUUGUGAUCUUCCACGGUUUAAUGCUACAGAUUUCUUGGCGAGGCUAAGAGGUAAAAGGCUGAUGCUGGUUGGAGAUUCGAUGAACAGAAACCAGUUUGAAUCGAUGCUGUGUGUUCUUCGAGAGGGUCUAUCCAACAAAAGCAGCAUGUACGAGGUUAAUGGUCAUAAGAUCACAAAGGGAAGAGGUUACUAUGUAUUCAAGUUUGAAGACUAUAACUGCACGGUAGAAUUUGUAAGGUCGCAUUUUCUCGUGAAGGAAGGAGUCAGAAUCAACGCCCAAGGAAGUUCGAAUCCGACGCUAUCGAUCGAUCAGAUCGAUAAGACAAAUGCUCGGUGGAAACGAGCCGACAUUCUCGUCUUCAACACUGGACAUUGGUGGGUUCAUGGAAAGACAGCGAGAGGGAAGAAUUACUACAAAGAAGGUGACUACAUAUACCCGAAAUUCGAUGCAACCGAAGCAUACAGGAGAGCAUUGAGGACAUGGGCGAAGUGGAUUGACAAGAACGUGAAACCCGACAAGAAGUUAGUAUUCUACCGAGGAUAUUCUUCCGCCCAUUUCAGGGGUGGCGAGUGGGAUUCAGGAGGGUCGUGCAACGGAGAAGUCGAGCCGGUAUUCAAAGGUUCGAUCCUUGAUUCAUACCCGUUGAAGAUGAAGAUAGUAGAGGAGGCAGUAAAGGAAAUGAAAGUUCCGGUGAUUCUUCUGAACGUGACAAAGCUUACGAAUUUCCGCAAAGACGGGCAUCCGUCGAUCUACGGGAAGACCAACACGGACGGGAAAAAGGUCUCGACGAAGCGACAAGACUGCAGCCACUGGUGCCUCCCCGGAGUUCCCGACGCCUGGAACCAUCUCAUCUACUCAUCUCUUCUGCUUCAGACAGGCAGCAACAGAAGAACUUAACGCUUGAGAGAUUGUUUGUGUCGACACAUGAAAAUUGUAGCAUUCUGAGGCUAGAAAUCUCUUACAAGAAACGACUGCCAAACUUUCGGUUCGGUUUCGGUUUUUGGAUGUAUUCAAACCGAACUGAAUUGCACCUAAUCCAAAUGCGGUCUAACUCGGUUUGAAAUUUUCAA